CAGCCUCUAUGUGGGACACUAGCCUUUAGGUGUUGAUAUUCGACACCUAGAGUUUGGCUUUGGAAGUCCUUUUUGAUCUUUCACUUCGUUAAUCCUCACUUGCUCUUUGUAUCAAUGGCAAGAUGCUCCUUCGCAAAAUACGCCUACAUAUCCCUGCUCCGACAUUCCCAGGCAUCUUGUUUGCACCCAGCAGUGAGAAUAAUGAGCCUACCCUCUCAAAUACAGCUUGGCUUGAUGGCGUUCGGGGGUUCGCUGCCCUCAUUGUUGCAAUUAAUCACAUCACCUCAUCAGAGAUAGGCUUUCGCUUCCAGGGCUUUCAUGCCCAGCCUGUGGAUGUCAACACCUCUGUACUCCAGUUACCUCCUUUUCGCAUCAUCUUUGGCAUGAAAGCGAUGGUUCCCCUAUUCUUUGUCGUCUCCGGCUACUGUCUUUCGAUCCAAUUCAUUCGGCGGCUGCGGAACAGCCCGGAAGAUAUCUCUAGUUUUUUCGACGCUCUAUCCGGGGCCGUCUUUCGUCGUGGGAUUCGCCUGUUUGUUCCCUUUUUGACUAUGGCGGUCUCUUCUCAGAUCCUUCUGUAUCUGGGUGCCUAUGAUUGGAAGUGGUGGAGCGAUGAUGGGCUGGUGGCACUGGUCGAGGAUUCCCAGGGCAAUCCUAUUCGUGCCCCCAUCCGUAAACAUGCGCGUUUCCUGUACGAGUACCUCGGCACUGUUAUGUCGGCACUCAAUCAUGGUUUUGGCUCCCGUCCAAUUGUUGGCCUGAACCCGGCACUAUGGACCAUUCCCGCCGAAUUUCGAGGUUCACUUCUCAUCUAUCUCUGCUUCGUCGGUCUUGCACGUGUAAAGCAUACAAUACGGCUCUGGAUACUAGUAUCUAUAGCGUUUGUACUGCUGGCUGAAGGCAUGUGGGAGCUCUGGACAUUCAUCGGUGGCUUGUUGAUCGCAGAGCUGCACGAGCGGUCGAGAUGUCUGCUUCCAUGGACAAACAAAGGAUCGGCUUCUAACACCCACGAAUCAAUUGAUAUGAGCCUAAGGGUGAGGCGUCGCAGCCGAUUGGCGAUACUUCUGUUAUGGGCUUUUGGUCUGUAUCUUUUAUGCCUGCCAAGUCAGGACGUUGAAAACCAGUUCGGGCCUGUAUAUGGAGUUGCGACUCUGUUUACGCUGCCUCACUGGAGAAGCAGGCAUGCUGUAGAAGCAAAUUAUCACGGCCUUGGGGCCACAUUAUGUGUAGCGGCAUUAGGCGCUGAGCCCAUGCUGCGACGUCCUUUCCAAUCACGCUUGGGUCAGUUUUUUGGAAGAAUUUCUUUCACACUGUAUCUUGUUCAUCAACUUGUCGCUAGAAUAUUGAUGCACAGGUUCAGAAGAUUUGCUAUUCUUUUGUUGGGCGAGGGGUGGCAGAUGCUUGCAACUUACUCUUCGAAGAGUGCGUUAAUGGUUGUUAUGUUGUGGAUAUCGGAGAUUUUAGUCGAGGUUCUCGAUAAGGGAUCUGUUGUGCUAGCAAAGCGAUUGUUUGAGAAGUGGGUAGUUCGCUAAAUAGCUUGACGUUAAGUAUGUAUCUGCGCAAAGAUUGUAGAUCAAACAAUUCCAACAACUAACCUAAGGC